CAGGAAUUUUUGUUGCGAUUGGGACACGCGACUGCUUCUUGACGCCUUCUCUGAUCCGACUGUCACGAUAAUUGUGCAGGAGCUAUCGUGCACCCAGCUGCCAGCUGGCAUCGCAACGUGUGCCCAUGUCCGCACCGCCCGCCUGGCUUUUCUCGAACAAUUCUACGCCGAUCGGAAACGCAACACCGGCCGCUCGCGACGGCAAAUCCACGAUGCCGGGGAGCAAGAAGCCAAAGACCGGCAGGUCUGAGAAAAAGACCGCCGCCGGGAAAUCCACACCUGCUGCCGAGCCUCCGGCGCAGCUAAUGGACCUCGUCGAAUCGUUCCUGUCCGAGCACGACUUCACCGAUGCCCACCGCGCAUUUACCAAGCAGCGCGCCAAGAGGGGCUGGAAGAAGGAGAGUGAUAAGGCUGGCCCGGCUGAACACAAAUCACUGGUUACUCUUUUCCAGACUUGGGCGGCGUCGCUCAGCAGCACUGCCGGCGCAACGGGCCCCAAGGCCGCUGCUGGCAAAGUCACCAAGGUCAGCAGCAGCAGCAGUGACAGCAGUGACGACGAAAGCAGCAGCAGCAGCAGCAGCAGCGAAUUGGACUCGUCGGGCAGCAAAAGCGAGGACGAUGGUGACGUUGAGAUGAAGGAUGCUGCAGAGGAAGAAGAGUCGUCGGGCUCCGAGUCCAGCAGCAGCAGUAGCGACAGCGACAGUAGCGAGAGCGAGAGCGACAGCGAGGAUGAGAAGAUAUCUGCCAAGCCCGCCCCGGCCCCGAAGCCGGCAGCAGCCAACCCCCUGAAGCGCAAGGCCAUGUCCGAGAGCAGCGAGUCGUCCGACUCGGAAACCUCUGACUCGAGCUCCGACGAGGAGGUUCCCGCUGCCAAGAAGCAGAAGGUCGUCGCCACCCCUGCUGAAGCCGAGUCGUCUUCGGAGUCGUCGUCUGACUCGGAAUCCUCCGACUCGAGCUCCGACGAGGAGGCUCCCGCUGUUAAGAAGCAGAAGGUCGUCGCCGCCCCUGCUGAAUCCGAGUCGUCCUCGGAGUCGUCGUCCGAAUCCUCCUCCGAGUCGUCUGAUUCCGAUUCUGACUCUGAUUCGGAAUCGGAAGACGAGGCCAAGAAGCCCGCCGCUACAAAGGAGGCCGUCGCAAAGACGAAGAAGACCUCGUCUUCUGAUUCCUCUUCCUCCUCAUCCGAGUCCGAGUCAGAGUCAGAGUCCUCCUCUGACUCUGGGUCCGAGUCCGAAGACGAAGCCGAGGAAGCGGCCAAGGUCCCGCUGCCCGAGUCAGACUCCGAUUCAGAUUCGUCGUCCUCAGACUCUGGUUCCUCUUCUGAUUCCGAGUCCGACACAAAGACUGCGGCCAAGAGCAGCAAGCCGAACUCCGCGAGCAACGAGUCCGACAGCUCCGCCACACUCGACCAGACCACCCCCAAAGUCUACCCAGUCGACAAGUUCGCCCCGCUGCCGCCCGACCCCGCCACGGUCAAGGCCAACAACCGCGGUGGCAAGAACGGCGGCAAGAACGGCGACAAGAACGGCAAGAACGGCGGCAAGAAGGCCCCGACCGUGCCCUUCUCGCGCGUCAACCGCGACAUCCAGGUCGACCCGCGCUUCUCGUCCAACGCCUACCAGGGCCACGACUGGGGCCGCAAGGCCCACGAGGACCUGAUCAACACGCGCGGCAAGAGCUUCACCAAGGAGAAGAACAAGAAAAAGAGAGGCAGCUACCGCGGCGGCCUCAUCGACACGCACGCCGUGGGCAGCAUCAAGUUUGAUGACUAGUGGUGCAAACCCCGACACUUUGUUUGACAUGUUAUUAUACACCGUGGAUACAACAACCCCCCCAUCGUCAGUGUGCUUGCCUUUUUUUUGCGGCAGCGGGCGGUUUUUGCGGAGCGGACAAGCAACUCAGUUACGCUGUUGGGA